GGAACAAAAAGUGUGGUUGUUAGUGUUACGAGACCGCAGCAGCUACAACCAUAAACAUAAUCUGCUGAUAACGUUGUAAAAUCUAAUCUGGAAAAUAUCAAGCAGUCAAAAAUCGAAGUACUCAAUACUCCCAGUUUGUCGCGACUCGUGGCUCAGUAACUGCUCGGCGGUCCGACGGUGUGUUUGCAAAAUCAAAAAACUUUUCAUCCUAUCCGGAGAGCCAAAAAAAAAAAAAAAAAAAUGCCAAACAUCAUCAACGAAGUCAAGUUGGACUUCAAAGACGUGCUACUCAGGCCCAAGAGGAGCACCCUCAAAACCCGGGCCGAAGUGGAUCUUUACCGGCACAUAACUUUUCGCAAUUCAAAACGUUCUUACCAAGGUAUCCCGUUGAUGGCGGCCAACAUGGACACAGUGGGAACUUUUGAAAUGGCCGCCGCAUUGGGAAAGCACGGAGUUUUCACAACGGUGCACAAGUAUUAUGACGCAGACGAAUGGGUCGAGUUUGCUACCAAAAACCCAGAUGCGUUGCCGCACGUUGCGGUUAGCUGCGGUAUAAGCGACGCUGAUUUUCAGAAGCUGGAAAAAAUUUUGGCCGUGGUUCCAGGUGUUACGUUCAUUUGCCUAGACGUGGCCAACGGUUAUACACAGCAGUUCAUCGACAUAGUACGAAAAACCCGUAACGCAUAUCCACAGCACACAAUCAUCGCUGGUAAUGUGGUUACCGGUGAAAUGGUCGAAGAGCUGAUCUUGUCUGGCGCCGACAUCAUUAAAGUCGGCAUUGGUCCCGGGUCUGUGUGCACUACUCGUAUCAAGACCGGCGUGGGGUAUCCUCAGUUAAGUGCGGUUCUCGAGUGUGCCGAUGCUGCCCACGGUCUUCAAGGACACAUCAUAUCUGACGGCGGUUGUGUUUGUCCUGGCGAUGUGGCCAAAGCAUUUGGCGCCGGUGCUGAUUUUGUAAUGCUUGGUGGAAUGUUGGCUGGACACGAUGAGAGUGGAGGAGAACUGACUAUCAAGCCUGACGGUACAAAGUGCAAGUUGUUUUAUGGCAUGAGCUCGCUAACGGCAAUGAAAAAACACGCUGGCGGCAAAGCAGAAUAUAGAGCGGCCGAAGGCAAAGCCGUGGAAGUCCCAUACAGGGGCGAUGUCAAUAACACUAUUCUUGACAUACUUGGCGGUCUUCGAUCGGCUUGCACGUACACGGGUGCCCACAAACUCAAAGAACUACCGAGACGUGCCACGUUUAUCAGAUGUACGCAACAAGUCAAUGCGGUUUACUCUACAAAUACUGCAUCGAAAGAAUAAUGGAACCUUAUUUGUUAUAUAGGUUAUAAAACGCACUUAUAUAUUUUUUCUAAGCGACUUUGAUCGAAUACAAGACUGCUCUGUCAAAUUCAUUUUUAGUAUACAUACAAUUAUUAUUUUUAGCAAUAAUGUUUUAUUAUA